AUGGCUGCCACCAUGAAGGCUGUUCGAUUCCAUGGGAAAGAAAGUCUCAAGUAUGAAGACAUCCCGAUCCCAAAAUGCGGGAAAGGCCAGGUGAUGGUUAAACCUGCGUGGUGUGGAAUUUGCGGAAGUGAUUUACACGAGUACCUAGGAGGUCCAUCACUCUGUCCUUCGGAGAAACCCCAUCCAAUCACUGGAGAGACGGUACCUUUGACGUUCGGUCACGAAUUCUCCGGCGUCAUCGAGGAGGUAGGUGAAGGGGUUUCUGACAGGUUCAAAGUCGGGAGCAGAGUUGUAGUGGCACCCAUCAUCUUUGACGGAGACUGUGGCGCCUGCGAGGAAGGACUUGUCAACUGUUGUUGGCAGAAUGGAUUCAUCGGUCUAUCCGGUGGCGGCGGCGGCCUUUCGGAGCAUCUUGUGGUGCCAGAGUAUGCACUGUAUAACUGUCCCGAUAAUGUUGGGCUCGACACCGCAGCGUUGGUAGAACCUCUCGCGGUGGGCUGGCACGCGGUGAACUCCAGCCCGUUUAAAUCUUCCGACACAGCGCUGAUUCUGGGAGGUGGGCCGAUUGGAUUAGCUGUUGUUCAGGCACUCCGGGCGCGAGGAUGCCCACAGAUCAUCGUUUCCGAGGUUUCUGGAAUGAGAAAGCAGUACGCAAAAGACUUCGGUGCCCACGUUGUGCUAGACCCUACAAAGGACGAUAUCGUUGCGCGGUGUAUGGAGUUGACGAAGAACAAAGGAGUGGAUGUGACCUUUGAUGCAGCGGGAGUCCAAACGGGUCUUGACCAAGCCAUCAACUCUCUCAAGGCGAGAGGGACCCACGUCAACAUCGCAAUUUGGGAAAAGCGCGCGACAUUUAUGCCCAAUGAGCUUGUCUUCAAAGAGAGAAGCUAUCUGGGUGUUGCCACCUACGUGCAAAAGGACUUUCAAGAAGUAAUUGAUGCAUUGUCUGAUGGCAGACUAGACAUGGCCAGCAAAAUGGUCACGAAGAGGAUCGAAAUGGAUCAAGUGCUGGAAGAGGGAUUCCUCACUUUGAUCCAUGACAAGGACAAUCAAGUGAAGAUUCUUGUCCGAGGCAGUGGUGAGGUUUGA